AUGCCCUUGAGCCAUGACUUGACUCAUGCUUUCGUGGCUUCACAGCCCUUUACACCAGCUUCCUCUGACGCGAGGAUGGAAGACUUGUCCCAUCAACUCCAGCUCCGGAAAGUCCAGGCCCCGGCGGAGAUUUGCAAUACUCUGGUUUCGAAUCUGAUUCAGCAAUCGACUACAGUCGGGCGCAAGACCGAGGAUGUUCUAUCUGCAGUCACUGUUGGGACCGCUAGAGUUGCCGCAAACAAAAAUGGUGUUCUAGCUGGCGGACGUGACCACGAUGGUGCCAAUGCUUCUAUUCUCAGCGGCAGCUACGCACCCUCCAACCGUGGAAGCCCUGCUCAUGCUUACGCCCAUGCUGGGUUUCCUCGUCCUGUUGGUCGUGUAGGUUCUGCUGAGCCCCAUGACUCUGCCACCCCUCUUGGGUAUCACGAGUUGUAUAAUCCAAACGACGAGGCCAUGUCUACCAAGUCUUACGGAUACAUGAGACCUACCCAGAUUGAGCCCAAAGGACUUGGUGUCCCCACUAGUCCUGCAGAGCGUACCAGUCCAAGUGACUUUACUUAUUCGAAAGACGCCAACAUUGCUGGCGAUGAAUGCCUUCCUCUUGAAUCUCAUGGGCAUUCGGCCCCUGCUCGUCCUCCCGCCUCUGUUAGCAUCCCUGGUAUCUAUCGACCUACCGACACAAGAGGUCCGUUUGGGCGAAUCCAGAAGCCCAACAUGUAUCCCACCCCUGACGCCCUCCAGGAUGCAAAUACUCGGGGGAAAUCCACGCCAGUUGAUAACAGAAGAGCCCUAACCACACAGCAAUGUACCUCCCAGCCCAGCCUUGCCGCGACGAAUGCUGUAGCCCCGGGCACACAAGCUACCGGCUUCGUGCCCAUGUUGGCCGUCAGCCGUCCCGACAUGACCGGCCGAGACGUCACGCCCAUGCCACUCGGGAGCCAGGCCGUCAUCGACUUGAAGUUCUCCCCUCACUACCGCGGCAUGCACACCGAGGCCAACGCCAGCGCAGACCACCUCCCGCCGGACCAGAACUGCUCCCUCUGGAUCACGCAGCUGCCCCCGGACGUCAAAGUCGCCGAGCUCCUAGGCAAGAUCCGCAACGUCGGCCGCGUGUACGCGACCGUCCUCAGCCCCCCGGAUGGAAUCAAGCAUCCCAAAUCCGCCGCCAAGCUCGUCUUCUUCACGCCAGCCGGGGCGCGGAAGCUGCUCGCCCACGGGGAGGACCACCCCCUCGUCAUUCGCGGGCACAGGGCGCAAAUCAUGCCCAACAGGACCAAGUGCCAUUCGCAGAGCACCGAAAGGGGCGAGUCGCGCGUGUUGAUCAUCACGGGACACAGGAGUUUUGUAAACGAGGCCAGCCUGACGGCGUAUUUCGAAGGGAGGUUCACGUUUCAGAUUGACAAGGUGCAGACUUUGCUCGAGUUUCAGGACCGGGCUGUGGUUGAGUACCAAUUCGGUAGCUACCGCUGCCAGUCGCAGAUGGGCCUCAAGGCGUUGCUGCUGGAUCGUCCGAGGGGCCUUGAGAUGGUUGAAUUUGGCGCCGAUCCCUGCGAGGUCGGCAGUGAGACGACCUCGUUUACGGUUGCUGGGGAGAGGAUCCAGGGGAGAGGGCUGUUUCCUGACCUGGAGUGA